CCAUGCAUGUUGUUCUAGGUCUGACCCCGCUCGCUUAUGUUGUGUGGUAAACUACUCUUUAUUCUAUGGGUGAAGUAAUCCAUCUGUUCGGAACGUGAGAAUUUUCAGUUCUUUUGAUAUUUUAUUUAUAAUUCUACCUUUUCAUGCCUUUCUGGAGUUUAUAAAAACGCUAAACAAAAUGUCAAUACAGUUUUUAAGUUUAUUCUACGUUACGGAUAUUUUUCAAAGGAAGUAUUAAGUGGCAGUAAUGGACCCGGCAGCACGCACAGCUGUGGGCAGCAGCUGAGGAAGUGUUGCUUGCAGGAUGGAAGGCCCGGAGGUGACGUUCCUGUUCCAGCUGGGGCUGGCGCGCGACACAGUGUCCAUCGCAGCCAGCGCGCUGGGGCUGAAGACGCUCAAGGAUCUCGCCUGCGAGUUCAUCAACAACAAGUUUCCAGAUCACGGCCUGACUCGCCUGAGCGAGCGUCUGCUGCUGUUCCGCCAUGACUACGCUUCCAGCAACGUCCUCCAGCUCAUCAACUCGGCCUCGGAGAUCGUGGACGAGACGCUGGUGGAGAUUGUGCUCACAGCCCAAGUGCCCACAGAGGAGGACAAGCCUAUCCGUCCUCAUGCUCUCGUCGUCCACUCCUACAAGGCUCCUACCUUCUGUGACUUCUGCGGCGAGAUGCUGUUUGGGCUAGUGAAGCAAGGUCUCAAGUGCGAAGGUUGUGGUUUAAAUUUCCACAAGCGCUGUGUCAUCAAGAUACCAAACAACUGCUCGUACACAAUAUUGAAUGGCAAGCGGAGACGGUCAUCCACCCUUCAUGUGCCACGCAGUCCGUCGGACACUGGGUCAACAUCAUCAAUAGCCUCGACUUCGGAUGAGAAUGGACUGCUGCAGCUGCCGUUGCUAUCGCAGAAGCAGAGCCGGUCCCCAUCGCUGGGUGGCAGGCCGCCCUGGGUGGAGAAGGAGCUAGCCUCGCGGAUCAGGAUCCCUCACACGUUCGUGCUGCACUCGUACACGCGUCCCACCGUGUGCCAGCACUGCCGCAAGCUGCUCAAGGGCCUCUUCAAGCAGGGCAUGCAGUGCAAGGACUGCCACUGCAAUGCUCACAAGAAGUGCAUCGACAAAAUACCCAAGGACUGCACCGGUGAGACGCAGCGCGACAACGCAGGAAGCGAGCCGGAGCGGGAGUGCGGGAGGUCCGUGGAUGACGACAGCGAUGCAGAGUCAGGGUCUCCCACAGAAGUCAGGAAGAUCCCAUCUCCAGGCACGCCGAUUGCUAAUGGCGGCUGUGUCAUUGAUAUGAUACCAUCUCAUGAUGGGGACUCUGCGAAAAGACCUACCAGCUCUUCGCCUAGCAACAACAUCCCUUUGAUGAGAAUUGUCCAGUCGGUGAAGCACACAAAGAGACGAGGCUCCAAGGUUCUCAAGGAAGGCUGGAUGGUGCAUUUCACCAAUAAGGACAGAAUGCGCAAAAGACAUUACUGGCGUCUGGACACAAAGUCGGUGACCUUGUUCCAAAGCGACACCGGCUCCAAGUACUACAAGGAGAUACCGCUGGCCGAAAUCUUGGCGGUGGAGAUUGCUCGUAUUCCGCAGGGAGAUGUGAUGCACUGCUUCGAGCUGCGCACUGCGAACGUGGACUACUACGUGGGCGAGGACCCCCUGUACGGCCUGAAGGAGGGUGUGAGCAGCUCCAACAACCUGCCACCGCAGGACAGCGGCGUGGGGGCACACCUCGCCAAGAGCUGGGAGACGUGCAUCCGGCAGGCGCUCAUGCCUGUCACCUCCAACACCAAGACUGAUGACACCGGGGAGCCAGAGGAGCGAGUGACGGACAUGAGUCAGCUGUACCAGAUAUUCCCCGAUGAAGUGUUGGGUUCUGGACAGUUUGGGAUCGUUUAUGGAGGAGUCCAUCGCAAGUCGGGUCGAUCCGUGGCCAUCAAGGUGAUAGACAAGCAGCGCUUCCCGACGAAGCAGGAGGCCCAGCUGAAGAACGAGGUGGCGAUACUUCAGAACCUGUCGCACCCGGGCGUCGUGAACCUGGAGCGCAUGUUCGAGACGCCGGAGAGGAUCUUCGUGAUCAUGGAGAAGCUGAAGGGAGACAUGCUGGAGAUGAUCCUGUCCAGCGAGCGGGGUCGCCUCACGGAGCGCAUCACCAAGUUCCUCAUCACGCAGAUCCUGGUUGCCUUGAAGCACUUGCACAACAAGAACAUAGUUCACUGCGACCUGAAGCCAGAGAACGUGCUGCUCAGCAGCGACUCUGACUUCCCUCAGGUGAAGCUCUGUGACUUUGGGUUCGCUCGCAUCAUUGGAGAGAAGUCGUUCAGGCGGUCUGUGGUCGGAACUCCUGCUUACCUGGCUCCAGAAGUCCUUCGCAACAAGGGCUAUAAUCGCUCACUUGACAUGUGGAGUGUUGGGGUUAUCGUUUACGUCAGCCUCAGUGGAACCUUUCCAUUCAACGAAGAUGAAGACAUCAACGAACAAAUCCAAAAUGCUGCAUUCAUGUACCCUCCUAACCCGUGGAAAGAGAUUUCGACUGAUGCAAUUGAUCUGAUCAACAAUCUGCUGCAAGUGAAGCAGAGGAAACGCUACACAGUUGACAAAUCCCUGGCUCAUAUCUGGCUGCAGGACUACCAGACGUGGCGCGACCUGCGAGAGCUGGAGGGCCAGGUCGGCGACCGCUACCUCACGCACGAGUCGGACGAUGCCCGCUGGGAGGGCGCCCGCCAGCGCCUCUGACCUCCCAGAGGGUGGGUCGCCUCCGCCAAGGUGCGCUUCUGCCAGCUCGUCAGGGCCUGAGGACAGUGUGCUGUGUGCUCAAGCGUGGACGUGUUGGUGACAUCUGUGUUGUUUCCUCACGUGCUAUACCACUGCAUAUAUUACAACCUGGAUAUGCCUAUCUGUCAUCAUGUAAAGACUUCAAGUUUUAGUUUAUUAUUGUAAAUAGAGGUGUGGGAAAUGCUAUUACUUUUGAUUGUUAAUAUUCUUGUUAAAACUUAAAAAGUUAAAUGUUCUUGCAUAUAUUAUCAGAACGGAAGUAGUUCUGAAAAUAUUGGAACAUUGAUCAUUGAACUUUUUAGCUUUACAUACAUCACACAUAUUUUGUAUGGCUUUUUGAGUACUAUAAAGUCCAUUGAAAAUGGCAGCUAUUUUAAAAUUAAGAGUUGGCAUUUAUUUAAUGCUUACUAAAUACCAUUAAAACUGACCAGAAUGUCAAUUUUUGUGGAAGUAUUGCUCGUUACAAGUAUUUUUUUACAACUAAUGGUUAGUUUUAAAUAUCUUUUAAUCCUAUCUCUACUGUGUCAUGAACUUGCAGCUGUUAUACAUAUGCAAGAAGGCACUUUCCAUUCAAGUCUCAAAGAGUAUCAAUAAAAUUUUUUCUUUACAUAAGUCUUAUUACAUUUAUUUAAUUAAAUAUUUAUACAUAGUUUUUAGAAAAUAUGUAGGUAGGAUGAAAAUAUUAAUUUUUUUGGUAUUCAUAUUUUUAACUUAGUUUUACAGAAAGUAUACAACAAAAACAUGGAAACAGUUUCUGAUUCUAAUAUACAAGGCUGCCAAGAUAAGAAGGGGGCAGGGGGGGCAGGUCCCAGAGGCCAGACUUUAAUAAUGCCAGCAUUUGCCCUGAUACAGUAAAACCCUCUUAAGAAAAUAAUGGAAAAACCAAACAAAAUGUGCUUCCUAAGCAGUUAAAAUUAUUAAAAGGGCAAAAAUAAUUGUGAUUUUUAUAGGUUAAAUAGUUGCAUUUUUGUAACAGUGUACAGUAUUAAAAUCAUGGAAUUACAUUGCGGAAAGCAAUUAAACAUUAUUAAAACCUCACUGAUACAAACCUGGUGAAAUCUAGGAUUACAUAUACUUUGUAAUUGUGAUAUACUUGGUAAUGUUCAGAAAAUGUAUUUAGUUAAUCAGUAGUGAUUAAAUAGGCAUUUGUUAUUAAUGGAAGACUUUAGCAUGUGAUGCUGUUUUGUUAUACCGUUUCAUUAUUCUUUAUUUCAAAUCUGUGGCUGGAAUGUAGUUCACAGGGGUGGAACUGCUAAGGCUGGUUGAACAGGUGUUACAGAGGGGUGUAUGGAGAGAAAUAUGUCCUACCAGGAAAAGGGAAUCAAAGAGAUAACGUAACGGUCAUUAACUAUAACCUCACCUUGCCCUUGAAGUCUUUGGAGCAAGAGCAUGUUGACAGAACAAAGGAAGUUUUUGUAUUGACUCCAAAAUGCCUGAACCAACAUGGGGCCACUGGUUAUCUUUGUCCUUCCUGGUAGCAUCUGCCAAGGAAUAGCACCAACAUGCGUGUUCAAUUUAAUCAUAUUUAUAUUUUAAUUUCCUUAUCUAUCAAUUUUUUAUAAUCACAAUUUUUUUUUAAAGAUAAAUAAAUGUAUAAACAAUAGUGAGAUAUAACUUUUAAAAUCCUGCCUGCAAUUAAGAAAGUAAUUGUAUAAUCUCUGCCUCCUGCUGCCGCUCGAAUCAGGCUGAUGUGCUACUGUAAUCUUCUAACAUCUAUUUAGUGAUUAUAAAAAAAAAACUCUGUGAAAUAGCUAAAAAUUAGUGAAUAACAAAAAUUUGUUGAUACAAUCAUUUACAAAGAAAUUCAUGAGUUCUAAAUUUCGUGAAAUAUUUUACGUGCUUUGAAACUUAGUUCCCACUGUUAAAUAGUGUUAAGUAAUUUUUUUUAAAUUCAUGAGUCACUAUUUAUUUGGGUCCCUACCGUAGCGGUCAUUUAAUGUAUCAUCCAUUAUAAUUUUGUUUACUUUAACAUAGGUUAACAACAUAAACAAAAUUAUAAGGAUGUAGGUGUACUCACAACUGUUUUUCAAAAUGGGGUGCAAAUAUCUUUAUCCACAUGAUUCGAUGAUUGUAAUUAAUUUGUACCGUGCGUCAUCAAAAAGUAACAAAUUUAUAAAACACACGUCUAUUAUUUACUGUUCACCUACAUGAAAAUAGUGCAUGAUGCACAUGAAGGGAAAACUAAUGAACAGUGAGUGACGUGUAAAAUUGGACAAAGAACCAUAGUUACCGUAAAUGGCCUGAUACAUAUUGUGCAUGUUAAAAGUUACGGCACUGCUUGACCCAAACUCAAAUUUAGCGUGCAAAACAAGUAGUCACGAUGCUCAGAAUGCAUUCGGGCAUGUAAUUGGUUAAGAUUUAUGAUAGAAAACAAAAUCUUUUUUGUUUUAUUAAGUGUUUUUUAAGUGGGAAAAUCUAAUAACCCCAACACGUAUUAAACAAGGGAUGUUGAGGUUAAUGGCAUGGGAAACUUUUGGUGCUUUGUCAGUUAUGCAAUAUGCUCACAUUACAUUUACAGUCAUGGCCAUGGUAUCUUUAUACAAGAAAAUCCACCCAGUCAAAAGUAUUGAUAACAUACUGCACAUUGAGACAAAAAUUUAUGGUUAUAAGUUUUUUUGUUUUUUACUGGAAUUAAAGGGGAGAAGAAACUGCUACAGCAGUAAACUUUAGGUUUGUUACUAAGCAUGGUGGAUUUAACCAAUGUGCAAAAAUUCAGCUUUGGACAUAUUUUAGGUUGAAACAUUUAUUUUCUUAGCUAAUGGUGCAACGCUUAUUCGAGGGCAACCUAUAAGGCACUUGCACACGCACCGGUAUUUUGUCGGUACCGGCUCCGUCAAUGGAUCCGGCAUCGGAAGGGGUUCUCACACACGCACCGGCAAGGCGUAACCGGUAGUUUGGCUUGCAUUUGGAGCAGAAGAUUGUGCAUGUUGUGCCUGCUGCGUUUUGGCCCUAAAUAUUGUCACAACUUUCCCAAAUAAUUCUUAAAAUUAUACUUUAUACAAAGGUUUAGUAAUUUUACAUUUUUGUUGUGUAGUUUUGAAAAACCAUUUACAGUUUGUGUAAUUUUGCACAAAUAUUUCAUUAAAAAAUAACCGAAUGUACACUUGUUAUUCCAAUAACUAACCUUUAUUUAUAAAUGAAAUUACACUUACAAGUGUUAAAUUGUUUAAUGUCCAGUUUUGUAUCAGUACACAGUACUUGUAGGCACAAACAUAUGUCAUUGUAUAAAAGUGAAAAAAUUAUUUCAGAUUAAAUUUAAUAACUAUCCAGAGACUAAAAAAAAUAUUAAAGUUAUAGUGCUUAAUAUCCAUUUAAUUUACUUUACGUUACGAAAGUGGUGUUUUCAUUACACAGUGUCACUAAGUCAAAGAUUGUUUUAAGUGUUUGUUUACUUAAUCUUAAGUGACAAAAUUAAAAAUCACUCUAAAGUACACAUUGUUCAUUAACAGCUCAAAGCUAAAAAAAAUAAAAUAUUUUUGGAAGAUGUGCAAAUUAACAUCAUAUUCAUUGUUAUUUACUCAGUGACACAGUAAAAAUAACAGACAAUUGUGGUAAAUAUACACUGCACACAUAUGUCAAUUUGUAUAUGGCAAAAUAAAAAUACACCAACAGCUAUGAUAUAUUUCUUAAAAUGUAGCAAUUGUUCUUUUACACAGUUACACAUAUUUUUACAGUGUAUAUUAGCAUUGAGAAAUGGUAAAGGAAGUUUCUAUACUCUAGUAUUAAAACUUGAAGGUGACGAAACAACAGUUUUUAACAACAUCCUAAUGAGUACAGCAACAUUUAUCUAUAUUGUGGUGCACAUACAUGAGGCAGCAUUCAAAGCCAAAAGAAUGUCAUGAUAGUAUUAGAUACCAAUUUUCAGAUUAUUUUGUCAGUCCCAAAAAAGCAUUAUUAUGGCAGAAUAACAAAAUAUGAGAAUAGAUGUAAUACUGGUUUCGUUCAAAAAUAGGACCGAUACAUGAAUAACAUCUUACGAAUUACAUUCCAGUCAUUUGUGUAAUCUUUAGUUAACUACAGCACCUAACUUAUAGUAAGGGUAAAUAAAAAAACACACACGCACACACACACACACAAAAUCAUUUUUGUCCACUGAAAUAUAUUUGUUCAUUCUUUUUCUUAAAUAUAAAAACAUGAAAACUCUGUGGUACUUAAAAGGCAUAGCCUGGAUAAAUAUAAAAUUUUGAACAUCUACAGAAAUAAUAUAAAAUACUGGGAUCGCUCACAUUAGUAAAUAAAAUUUCAAUUUUUGUUGCUUGUACAAAUUGUCGUAAUAAUAAAUUCAAAUUUUUGCUGUCGGAACUUAAUUAGUCAUGAUGUUAAUCAUAAUAAAUGGGAAAUGUAGAAUUGCAAUGAAAUCCAUAGAUGUGUUAGGUAUUUCUUACACUCAAGAUUUUUAUAGAAUUUUUUUUUAAUACUUUGUCAAUAUUUCAUAGUAUUUUAUUUGUCUUUUUUUACGGAUCAUAAAUAACGUUAUAAGGCAAGAACAAAUGUCAUGAGAAGAUACUAUUUAAAUUUAUUAAAAUAAUUUCAAUCACUUAAACAUGCUUGUUUUUAUUUGCCCUUUUCAUUUCUUAACAUUUAAGUUCCAAAAAAAAAAAAGCACAACACUUCUCAUGUUUUUUGCUUCUCUGUACGAUUUAUGAAAGUAUCGCUGGCUUUGUCUUAAAAACAUGGUCUGGUUUCUCCAACUCAAUUGGCAUCACAGCAUUGAAACUGAACCUAGCCAUCUCACAGUCUGCGCUGCACUGUGCCAUUGUAUUGUAUUGUAUAGUAUUGUAUUGUAUUGUAUUGUAUUGUAUGAGCGGUCAAUAUACCUGCUGUGACGGCGUGUCUCCCUGCCCAGUGCCGGCCCGGCAUAUCGAGGUCACCCCUGGCUACACUCCGGCAUGCCGGUAGCCUGUCCAUUUUCCCUAUGUCCUGGUCUGUGUGUGCAGCUCUUCGUAACACACUGUUGACUUGUGAGUCAUCCGGUUCUGGCUCCUGUUGUGCCGGUGCAUGUGCAUGUGCCUUUACAGUGAAAAUUAUAGAAUUUUAUGUCUAAAAUUAGAUAUCCACCCCAUAUGCAAGGGUGACCCAGGUAAAUACAGUACCUUAGUUGGGAAGGAGCCUGACAAAAUUAUUUGCUCCCAUGCCCUUAAUUUUUCUUGGCAGUACUACUGAUAUGAUUGUAUACUAAAAGUAUAAUGAUAUUUUACUGAAACACUAUGAAAAUUUUAUAUGAAACUACUGUAUUGACUUCUUAUACUUUUACAGGGUGGCCGGGAAAUCGGGAAAUACGGGAAAUAGCCAGGAUUUCUUAAAAAAACCCAGGAAUACCUGGAAUCAACCAGGAAUUUUUAUUAGAACCGGGAAUUUUUUUUAUGAAGUAACGAUCGCAAAAAUAUACGGCUGUUAAAUGAGCACGUUCACCACCCGUCGAAGCACGACAGUAUGCUCGUGAGCUAUAUUUUGAGAAAGUUAAUUUGUUCAUAUUGCAUUUAAAAACUUUGUAGUACGUAAGAAACCGUUAACAAUUCAGACUUCCAUACUUAUUAUGUUUCUGUAUUCAAAAGCAACAGCAUUUUGGCUGAAAAUGUUGUUGUAGGUUGGUAGUAAUUUCUCGCACGGCAUGUUGGUAGCACUAGUUUUGUGUGUAUAUUUGUUUUUACUUUGCGCUCAUGUUGUUGCGUCACGGUAUCACGGAUACUUUUCUCGAGUUUUUUUAAAAGUUUAGUUGUGCGGGACGUUGUUUUGAAUUUUUUAAUCUAACAUGUAAUUGGCGCAGACUAUCAAAAUGUCAACGAGUUCAGUCACCACAUACAAUGACAAAUAUACGGAAGAGUUUGAAUGGGUGGAGAAAGAUCCAAAGUGCAGGACAAACGCUAUUUGCAAUUUGUAUAAUGUUAAAAUCAAUAUCGGUAGCAUGGAUGGGAAGAACAGCAUUAGCCAGCCACGCAAGAGGGGCAAAACACGUGCGUUUGGUGUCAAGUAAUUUUUGUGACGUGAGAUUAUAAAUUUUUUUGUUGGUGGUAGGUUUUGUUAUAAGCAAGUUCAUUGAUUUAAUUUUUAAGCCUAUAGUUAAGUUGUCUAUUGUUUAACGCCAAUAAAACAUAUUGUGUGUGCUUUGUGUAACAAAAAUACAAAUUGUAUGCAAAUAUUGAUAAAAACCACCCUUGAAAAAACCUGGAAAUAACCAGGAAUUUUAUUAUGCCAGAAGAGUGGCCACCCUGUUUUAAUAUUAAAAUGUUAAAAGUACAAGACAGCAUAAGUUAUAUUUUUCUUACACCUUUAAACAUAAUCUUCAUUACAUAUUUGUAUUAUGUAUAUUCAGGUAAAGGUAGAUAAUAAUUUAAACUUGUUUAUAUCUUUCUUUUUAAGGAACUAGUUUUAGGCAUAUCUAGGUUUAUAAUUUAAUAUUUGAAAUUUUUUUGGAAAGUUAACAUUUUUUUUAACUUGACUGAUGAUAUAGAUGCAUUUAGAUACUUUAUUGCAAAUUGACUUAACAUAUUUAGUAUUGUGACAAAGAAAAUGGCAGUUUACUUACUCAAUAUUUUAUAGAGAAUUUUUAUUGUUUCAUCAUUUUCACCAAUUUUUUUUGUUAUUAUAUACUAGGUGUUUGUAUUGAUAUUACAACUACAAAUGCAGGUGUUUUUUUUUUGUACAGACAGUCCUGUCCUAGAGGUAUAAAUUUGUUAAAUUGUUGUUGCUAUAGUUUAUCAUAUCUCUUAAUUAGUUAUACUAUUACUUAGCACAAAAACUACAGUGAGGGAGGGGGGAGAGUUAGAGAGAGUGCAUGAAGAAGAAGAAGAAGAAGAAGAAGAAAUUCUACAUGAUGCUAAAAAUAUAUGUACUUUGUUUUAACUGCAUGGUGCUUUGUCUCAUUUUGAGUACCAGAACUAGGCCUGUGCGAAUAUCAGUUUGUAGUUUGAAUUGAAUUUGAAUAGUAAGAAUGAUAGCUAGAAUCCCAUUAAUUAUUUUUUUUCACAUCAUGUAACAACUCGUGGAAAAAUACACAAAUAAUAAAGUGAAAGUUUGGUUAGGUUAAGUUAGCUACUUUAAUUAUAUGGAAAAUAUUUAAAUUAUGAAAUAAAAAUUGUGUAUUUAAUUAUGCAGCUAACCUAUCUUAACCUUACCUAACCCAACCAACCAACCAGCCAAUCUUUCAUUUCAGUUUCUAUGAGCCUUAUUUUACAGAAACUGCUACUCUACAUAGUGAUCCAGAAAUUUUUUGCGAACGACAAAGUACAGUGAAAUUGAAUACAAACAUAUUCACAAAAAAUGUGAUUUUUUUUUUUAUUGCUGUACUCACAAAUAAAUUGAUCUCAUAUUUAUAUCUGUAAACCCUAGUUAUUCACGAGUUUUCGCUGUUAAGACAGUCAAGUAAGUUGUUUUUCGAUUCAGCAAUAUUAUAAGUACAAUUUCUGUUAAUUUCAUGUGGAAUCUUUUAACCAUUAUUUAUGUUUGUAUACAUUUGUGUAUUUUUAGUUGCAACGUCUGUUUCAUCAGAUACAUACAGCAAGGAACCUGCUGUUGUUUCACAUGGUGUUAGAUUAAUUUUAACUACACUAGAGUCCCGUUAUAGCGAGGUGUCACGGUUCCGGGUUUGAUCCUCGCUAUAACCGUGUCCUCGCUAUAACCGAAUUGGACAAAUUUUGGCCCCCAAAAAAUAAACAUUAACCGAAAAUAGCAUAAAAAUUGUGUUUAAACCUGUAUAAUUGGAAAAUAACAGGUUAUAUUAACGAAAUCUUAAUUUCUGUGAGCAGAUGUGUGAAUUCUCUUUAAAACGAUACCCCAUAAGUACGGAUGCGAUCACUGAUUGCGUCAAAAUAACCAGAAUACCCUAUCAAGCCGCGUAAGUAUAGCAUCUCAGCCCGCGGCCGACGCAGCAUUGUCCUGCUAUCUAUUGCCGACGCGGGCUGUCUGCUGGCGGCCAUGUUGGUUCGGGAUGUUGCUACAGGUGGUGCUAGUGUAGCGCGACGAUUUAAUUCCUUACAAAAAAGCAGGAGUGCGGCUGCGGCAACGCACGUACGCCUCAAACGUAAUAGUCGCUGGAAAACUAUACUUUUUUUCAUUUAAAGAAACCUGUCAACUUUUUUAGAAAAUAAAUUUGGGAUUAAACUCAAACCAUCACCACCCCUUUCUCGGACAGAUACCCCAACAACUGACCGAAACAAAAGUUACAAGAAAACUGCCCUAGCGAUUCGGAAAUAAAUACGGUAGUGCCGACUAGAGGUGUAAAAGUAACGAAAAAAUGCGUAACCAUAUGUAUUUGUUACUAUAACAAUUAGUACUCGUUACUAUCGUUACGUUACUCGUUACUUCUGAUACCGCAUAACAUGCUAUGUUAUGUUGCAGCAACGAAUCCAGCUGUAUUGCGUACGCGUACAGUAUGACGUCGCAUAAAUAAUAAUAAAUAGAAUAUAAACAAUUAACAAUAUAUGAUAAUUAAUAGUUUUUGUUAACCAAGAAACAAUUAAAUUUCAUUAGAGCGGCUUUUUGAUAUUAUCUCUUUUAAGAUAACCAAAAAAAACACGUGAAAAUACGCGAUUAUAAAAACAAAAACAUACAUAUUUCUAAUUUGUAGAAUACUUUCUUACGUUGUUUCUGUUCCAAUCUCAAACUUUGUCUACACACGGCACAGAUAACUAACGGAAGUUUGAUAAAAGAAAGAAAGGAUGGGAUUCUAUUUUUAAGCCACUCACUUAGGUGGCGACUGCACGGCUGAAUAAUGUGACGCGUCAACGGCAAGAUGUCUAGUGGCGAGCGAGAGGGGUGGAGAUAAAGCAGACAAAUAACAAAAGCGCGCUACAAGCGAUCACGCCGUAAAUUCCUCAAAAAUACCUCGUUAUAGCCGUGUUCUCGCUAUUACCGUGCUCGCUAUAACGAGAUUCUACUGUAUCAAUUUAUAUGAACUUGAAACUAUGACGUUUACUUCUUUUAAUGACCACCGUAAUAGUGUGUCAGUGUUUUGUGUAGUCACUGGUUGUUGAUGUUUAUUUAUCCCCCCCUCCCCCCUAUAUUCUGUUGCGUGUGCCCACUGUAUUUGGUGUGACAAAAUGAAAACAAAUAAUAUUUCGUUUUCAAGUUUUAAAUGAAAAGUUUUUUUUUAUUGUUUCUUGCGAUUUUUCCUUUUGCUGUUUUGAUUAUGAAGUCCCGUUAAAACUUAAAAAAGGAUAUUUAUAUCGCACAGAACUUCGGUAUAUGACUAACACAUGAGGUAACUCGUAAGGAAACGAAUAUUCAUUAUUUUGAAGUGUUGAUAUUUGAGGUCAAAUCAAGUACGAAUACUGUAUUAUUUGUAUUUGUAUGCAAAAAUUUGAAUAUUUGCACAGGCCUAACCAUAACCUUUCAGAAUGGUCAUUAGUCACUCUUUUUUUAUUUUUUUAUCACAAUUGAAAGUGUUCUUACUUAUUGUUGUACACUGCUGUAUUUUUUGCAACAAUAUUCAGUUAUUUCGUAAAUUUUUUACGGUUUAAUUUUUCUUCUUUCUACAUUCGUCCGCAUUCUUAGGGAUACGUGUGUGUGUGUGUCUAUAUAUAUAUAUAUAUAUAUAUAUAUAUAUAAAAGUGCGGCAAAUUAUUAAUCCCAUGCCUUAUUUUUAACUAGAAUUUUUGAUUUAAUAUAGUAUGUACAAUUGUUAUAAAAAAAUUGCCAGCCUCUUUUAGAAAUAUUUAGCAACAAGUUAAAUAAAUAACAAAUACAAAGUAAUACAUACAUGUUAUCAGCCUAUAACUUUAUAUGUGUGAUUAUAUGUUUUUCUAAUUGUUUUAAAUGAGCUUUGCAUGGUUUCAUACGGAACUAAGGUUGUAUUUUCAAAUAACACCUUGUGUUGGUGGUUUUGGAGAGUUGAGGACAGCCUGAGGUUGCAGCAUUGUGUAUGUCGUGUUCUUAGCUUCUUUAGCACACCAUCUGAUCUACUGUAAUUUCCAGCAUAUAAGAUGGGAAUUUUAAGCCAGCUUUUUUUUAUGACAAUUCAUCUUGACAGUUUUUGUGUGAUUGCUUGCAGUCCACAUACACUUGGUGGUACUUACAUUGCCUUCGCACAAUGUUCGAGUAUGGUUUAUAGAAGGAAAGGAGGGUGAGGAAAAACUAGUUUUUAGAAUGAGUGCAUAGCUUGAGCUUUUUUUUUACUACUUUAUCCACACUUACAACAGCCUCAGUAAUAUGGUCUCUUUUUCCAGUUGCAGAAUUUUAAAGCAUGGUACGGUUGGCACUUUGUAAUUCGGAGUUACUCACUUUCAGGUUUUAGGGGGGAUUUGGGAAUUUGAAAUCUCAGAAAUAAAUGGAAAAAAAUUGCACGAAAAUUUUUGAAAAUAUUUUUGCCAGGUAACAAUUAUUUAUUGAUGGGGUUGUAUUGUUGCUACUCUUAAUUUAUACACUCCAGUACUUAAAAAAUUGUAAUACAAUUAAUCUGUGUUAAAUGACUCAGAAAUACUACUUGUGCUUUUGCCUGCCUAGAAGGCAGGUUCUCACAUGACAUCACAGCACAUUGACUUCUUUUACGUACACUUACUCCUUUCUUCCCCUUGCUACCAUAGGAAACCUGCCUUUUCUCACUGGUCUCUCAGUUCCCACACAGAAGGCUACUCUAGUUGCAAAUAACCAUCAAGGCACUCAAAAUGCAUUGCCGCAAAAACAGUUGGUCGAGCACAGCUCAGAUUGCACACCUACACCUGAGGACAUUUUUAUUUGUACUUUUGUAUGUUAUUUUAUGUCUUAAGGUUCUACCUAAAAUUCAAAAAAAAAUUUUUCUCCAUUAAAUAUUUAGGAUGUACCAUAAAGAGUCACACACAAUAAACUUUGUGUGCAUAUCGCUAAAACUUAUGCAUUACUCUGUGACAAAAACUAGAUUUUUUGCAAUAAUUUGGCGUAAGAUAUUUGUGUGUUUUUUUUUUUAAUUUUGCCAGCUAAACAUUUAUCUUAUAAAAUUAUUUAAUAUUUUAAUAUUGAAACAAUCAUAAUAAAUAUUUAAAUAUUUUGGAUAUGAAUGGUGUAUUAGACUUAUGUAUUACAUGAAAAAACUUAAAAAAUAUACACAGGUUAUUCCCGUUAAAACUACAUUCACAUUCACUGAUGCGACAUAAUCGCUAAGCUGAACAUGCCGGAUUAAAGAGCUUUUACUGUAGUUAAAACUGAUCUACUUUUCUUUAUAAAACUGCUGGGUUGACCAUUUCUCUGGUGCUGACCAUUCCCCUUAACUCCACCGCUACUGUUGGCUUGUGAGUUGAGGCUUGUAAUUGAUGUUUGCCCGGCGUCGCAGCCAUCAUCAAGGGCAACUAACGACUGAAGUGUGGUGUUCUGGCUGGCCUUGAUGGCUGCAAUAAGUAGUCAGUCUUAUCUCUCAGAAAGUUACAUGGUGCAGUCUGUCAGUGCCAUUAACUUGUUGGGCCAGUGCACAACUUUUCAUUUUCCUUCCCUGUAAUAGCAGUGAAGCCUUACAUUCAUUUCUUGACCCUGCUAUAGCUCGGAUCUUGGAAGCUUCAAUAGUUCUAGGAUCCCACUAGUGGAGGUGGGGGCGCAUACAGUUGCUAAAGCUACAUUCGCAUAGUUUACUCAUGAAAUGCCACUCGCAAAUUUUGGUGAAUUGCGCUCUCAAAGGCGGUGUUAUGCCACUCUUGUGUCGCAAGUCCAAAGUGCCCUCACAUCUUGAUGUGAAGGUGCAGAUUGACUUUCUGGUCUUAAUUUAUUAAAGAUCACCUUGUGUUAUAUGUUGGAAACUACUCCACUUUGCAUAGCCAAGCCAUUUUUUGAAGCAUUUUUCAGGGAGAAACAUACAUAACCGCUAUAUUUUUAAUUUUGCAUGAAAAUUGCUACAGUAAUAAUAUCUUUCUAAAAAUAAUUGAACAAUUUCUAGACAGUAAGCGUACUUGGAAAAGUACCUAUGUGUUUUGUACAUUCUAACAUCACCAGUGGUUGUGAGAGACUAAGCUACAAGUGCAAAUUUUGUGGUUUUGGUAUUUAUUGUGUAAAUUGUGUAGUAUUUAAGACAACUGCUUGAAUGUAUCUUUGUAAACUAUAUAUUCUAUAAUGAUAUACCUUAGUUGUUUACUUGGUACUAUAUUGGAUUAAAUAAUAUAAAGAGAUGAAAGUUUUGUUUUAAGGUUUUAACAUUUUGUUAGUUAAAAGUAUUUUUAUUGAAUUGUGUUUUAUAUUUAGAAUAGCUUGUAAUCUAUAUUAAAGUUGUAAAAGCAGAAUUAAAUAUACGAAUGCCUCUUGUAAGUCAUGCAUCAAAUGAUCAACUAAAUUUUAAAAUCAUAACAGUGGUGCCCAUCAUGUUUACUUAGAGACUGUAAAUGUGUCAGGAAUUUCCUCAUUAAAAAUAUUUUAAUAGGCAGUGAAAUUCUCAUUCAAAUGAGUUACUGCUUUAGCUUUCAUUUUUUUUUUUUUAAAUAUCUGCAUGAACAGCCAUGUAAUUUUUCAAUGUCAAAAUUUUCCCUAUCAUAACAGUAGUACAUAAUUUGCUACUGUAAAGUGUGUGUAUGGAUUUUUACAGUGAUAAUAGCUUUCUUAUAGAAUUGUAUCACUGCAGUUCCUCUUGAAGAAAUGAUAAAAACAUGUUUAUUUGUACUACAGAUACAUAAAAUAUAUUUUCAGGAAAGUGUACUGGAUAGCUCAUACAAAUAACCUCAACACCUCUUACUUUACUUUCCUCUUGAUUUGUGCUUUUAGAUACACCCUUAUCCUCUGAUCCCAACUGAAUUUACAAUAGUGAAAACAUUUUAAUUUUAAUAAUAAACAUUAAGUAUUUUGUUUGAAAUAUUUACUGCCAUUAAUUUUAUAUGAUUCAUACAUAACACUUCAUUUUGGCAGCACAUUAAAACAUUUUAUCUCAAUUAGGUAGGCUAAAGUAAAUACUAGCUGCACUAAGCACCUUGGUACCUCUGCUGUUAAUGUUUUAGCUGUGGUUGUUAUAAAACUAUAUGUUUUCCAUCAUUAAAAUCAUUAUAAAACAAAACAUACUUAUGGAAUUUUUUUUAUCCAAUUCAAGUAAAAGAUUAUAAUGUAAAUUUUACUGGAAUUGCAAAUCAGCUAGAAUCUUUAUUUCAUUGCUUAUUUCUAUUAUUAUUUUUUAUUUUUGUAGAAAUUGUAGGUAAAUUGGGAUAAGUCCAAGCAUAACUAAUGUUAAUGUUGAUAUGUGAUUAAUUUUUAAUUUUAUUCUUAUUAUGAAAAGUUAGUUCAUUUAAUUCACUUGAUGCAUGACUUUGUGUAAGUCAGAUAUAUAAAUUCAAAAAAUUAAUAAUAUAUGUACUUGAGAAACAAAAUAGUGUGUUCAUUCAGUGAGAGUUGUGAAACUUCAUGAAGCUGGAACAUUUUGGAUGGGACCAUUUGAUAUUUGACUAUAAUAAAUGGCCUACUUUAAUAGUAUGUUUUGCGUAGCUCUUUAAGGUCAAUGACUUUUCAAAGGACUUUUGCCACGUAGUUUAAAUGUAUCUGAAUAUUGAUUAGGUUAUUUACACUUGGCUAACAGAUAGAAUAAGUUAUAUUUUUAAGGUUAAUGAAAUGAUUACUAUGAAAGUUGUCAGUUAAAAAAAAAGAGGUGAACUUUCUGAACAUGUGAGAUAGAUGUACUGGAAUGUGAAAACCGGAGGAGCUUUCAUUUUUGUGUUGGCUAACCUUACGUAUAAGAUGAAUGGGUUUGAAAAAUAAUUUGAUGCAAUACUUAAGUGAAUUAAAAUUUGUGUAAGAGUUUUGUAACAUUUGCAGAAUGGGAUAGUGCAUUUUGCUUUUGAAAUGUUUUAAGUAAACUGGUGAACUUGUAAAUGUGUACAUUGAGAUUGCAGGAGUGAACUGUGUAUGCAGGUGCUUGGGCUUGUGGUUGGCUUGGUUGUAAUGACGCUGCCUGUGGCACUCUGCCCCAAAAUAUUUUCAACACACUUACCCAGUCUAAAAAUUUAUUUUUUAAUUUUUUAUAGCAAAUUUCAACUUCAAAAUUACUAAUUUUAUUUAUAAAAAUUGACAGUAUGAAAACAUGCUGUGAACAUGUGGUUUCAGUAUGUAAAUAGUUCCGAUGUGGGAUAAAAAAAAAAUUAUCAAAUUCUAAAUAGGUGUGAUUACGAGGUGUCAUUCCUCAAUAUAUCGCAUAAAGGCUAAACAUGUUUACAGUACAUUUUCUUUGUGGUGGCAGCUAGUACUAAGAUAAGUUUAGUAUUGCUUUGGAUGAAUGGUUUGUGUGCAUGACACAUUAUUGUAAGUACACCCACCUCUCAAAGUAACAGCCUAAUUCAUUCCAAAAAAAUUGAGCACUAAUCAAAAUGCUAAUUAAAUAAUUUUUUAUAAGAUAGUUUGUUAAUCAAUAUAAUUGGUUUUCCAACUACUGAAAUGUGUUUGUUGACUAUCAUUUCAAUCAAGACACUGUUCCUGUUAAAAUCAAUUUAAAGUGUUAAUGCUAGGUCUAAAUGUGUACAUUGAAAAAAAAAAUAGUUUACAUUUUUAGAAAAAAAAUUGUGUGUACUUAUGUACUAUGGACUAUUUUGAAAUUUAUUGUAACAGAAAUUAAUUGAAUAAAUACUCAGUACUCAACAUUAAUUCAAACAUGUGUAUAAUGCACCCGCCACUAGAAUUCACUACCAGAACAGCUACGUCGACUAUCGAAUCAUUCAAUUUUCAGAGCAAAAGUUUAAAAUAUAAAAUGAAACAUCUCCGAUACAAAUGAAAAAGACUUGAAAAAAUACUAAACCCCGGCUGGACCUGAUUUUUGACAAAGAGUUUUACUAAACUAAUGCCCACCUUGUUAGAAUUCUUUAAAAAGUUAAUACCAUACAGUUUCUGCACACAUUAGAUGUCUAUAAAUAUUUAAGUAUUAAAGGAUAGUUAUAAUAUUUUAUUUUUUAUUACUGAUGUGUAUUCAUAAAAAAUUAUUUCCUAACAAACAUAAUUAAUUUAAUAUUACUUUAAGUUAAAAUAGAGGCUAUAGGCCUACCUAGGAUGAAAUAAUAAAUUAAACAGACUUAGUUGUAUUUAAUAAUAUUAUAGCAAUACAAUAUACAAAUAAAAUGUAUUUGUAUGUAUUUGCUUAAAGCACAAUUUUUCAGAUCCAAUAAUCAGUAAUUUAAAAAAAGUAAAAAAAAAAAAAACUUUCCAUUGCCAAGUUUUGAACCACCUUCCUUAAGCUUAUAAACCACACACUAUAACCACUGUGCUAUGAAGCUUGAAAGUAGAUCGUUAGGAAAAUGUGUAUUAUAUUGUAAUACCAGUAUCUUUAGGUUUUUCAAAAAUUUGAAAUUUCUCUUUACUAUGUCUAUUAUAGUUUACCAAAUAUGUAUAUCCCAUGGUAGUUUCGCUAUCAUAAAGUUUCAUUUGGCACUCUAAUACAUUUGGUAUAUACCCUAAUUUUUAUGAAAGUGACAAUGUAUGGGUGUAUGUUUAUACAUAUAGGUCCGCCAUCUUUCUGUGAAAAUUUUGUUGCAUGUUGCAUGCUGUUACUGUCCUUGUGUGGUUAAAGAAAACUUUAUAUUAAUUUUGUUAUAAAAACUCUGGAAGCUGCUUUCAGUGGGCAAAACAUACAACACUAUACUCAGAAGUACACAAGGGAGAAAUAUUAAAAAAAAAUUUACUUCUUUCAAAAUAGGAAGUAGAAAGUGGUUCGUAUUUGAACUAAUAAAUAAAAUCAAAAAAGAAGUUUGCUUAAAGCUUACCCUUUUUAUUGUUAAUAAUGGUUAUCAUUAUUUUCUUUUGAUAUUUUGGAAAUUAAAAAAUUACACAGAUCAUACUUAAUGGGGCCCCGCCAGCAAAAGUUAUUAAUUACAAACUGCUUAUAAAUGGUACAAAUUUAACAAUCGUGUUUUUUUUACAAAAUAAAAAUUACAUAAAUAAUUUCAUUAAAGUUGAAAUGUUUGUUAGCCCAACUAGUGCGGGACUAUAUAUAAUUUGGUUUAACAAUAUCUGGUUGUUGAUUGUUUGUUGACGGUGACUAGAAGCGGGAGAGACUGGUAGAAUUCAUUCCGGAGGGAACAGUGUAAAUUUAGUAGACUUCCGAGAUAGGCUUGAGUCAGAAAAAACCCUGUGCUCUGGCACCAUAUCUUGGAGCAUUUCUUGAAUCCCACUGGAACAAAAAAGAGGUAUCCAGUGGUCAAUAAUAGGAAAUUAAAGUAAAACAACCAGAAUCAAGAAGUUAGGGCAAAAGUUGAAUAGAGUCAAACAUAGGCAAAAGGGCUUUGAAUUUUCUCUUACCAUUCUGGAUGUGGAAUGAAGAAACUUACUCCCUCAGAAGCUGCACGAAUGCUCGCGGUAGCCACGUGUGAGUCAUGGUAACGAGAUUACCUAGUAAUACGAACUACAAUUACUAGCAGACUAGAAAUUAAAAAAAAAAUAAA